AUGACGACCAUCAUUACAGAUCAUGGCAGCGGCAGGCAAACAUCGGAAAUCAGGCGACUGGCGCUGGUCACGCACUCGGCGGCUGCUCCUCAUCGGUCGCUUGCUGAACACCUUGAAAACGCUCGGCUCGGUUCUGCUUCACUUGCACUCGCGACUGCUUCGAUGCGCAAUGGAUCAGGAACCCGCCGAAGGCUGUGUCUGAUGGCAGCGAUUCUUUCGAUGAUCGAUCAACCUACAAAUGCCACUUCUUCUGUGGGGCCGCUCUCAAGAGGGCACUCGGCCUCUGCACGAACAGUCAUAGGUGAAUUCGAUCCUCGUAUCGUUUUGAGAAUCCUAAGCAUUCCCCGUAUAGUGGUGGUUCGUACCUACCCUCGAACGACUCAUCCUGCGGCAGCUCGCUUUGUUGACUUGGAAAGGCUUUUUGCUGUGUUUCAAAUCGCAGACCCGAGUCAAGAGUGUUGGCGAACACGAUUCCUCGACGACGAUCUGUCGAGUCCUAGAACGAUGCCGAUUUCGAAGAAUCGUGAAUAUGAUCCACAUGAAUCACGAAUAUGA